AUGGGUUUUGGGAAUACUAUUGUUGAAGAGAAUGAUGCCUUAAACCAAGACCGGGCUAAGGCCAUGAUUUUCCUUCGUCAUCAUUUAGAUGAAGGAUUAAAAGUAGAGUAUCUUACUGUCAAAGAUCCUCCUCAGCAAUAUCGAGAGAAGGCAUUUAAAAAAUAUUCUGAACUUAUCGCAUGUCUUCUGUUGGCUGAACAAAAUAAUGAAUUAUUGCUGAAAAAUCAUGAUUCUCGACCAACUGGUGCAAGUCCAUUCCCUGAAGCGAAUACGACUCAAUUUCAACAUUCCGGUCGAAGUCGUGGACGUGGCCGUAGAGGUGGCCGUGGAAGAGGCUGUGGACGUGGCCGUGGCCAUAGACGUGAUCGUAAUAGAUUUGUGCCCCAUGAAAAUUAUAACCAUGGCAAGCACCAAAAUAUUUUCCAAAAGAGGAAAAAUAACUACGAUCCGAAAAAUGGAGAAAAGAAAGUUUAUGAAGAAAAAUGCUACCGGUGUGGUAUGGAAGGUCACUGGUCCCGUACCUAUCGUACGACUGAACAUCUUGUUGACCUCUAUCAAGUAUCAUUGAAAAAGAAGGACAAAGGUGUUGAGACAAAUUUCAUUGAUCAAAAGAAUAAUUAUGAUGAUGGUGAUGAUGUUGAUAUGACACACCUCGAUGUAGCUGAUUUCUUUCAACAUCCUGAAGAUGUCAACAAAUAUCCCAUGAUUGUUUAG